ACGUUACACAAGAUACUGUGACGAUGCGACCGGCAAAUAAAUAAACAAACAGCAGCAGCAGCAGCAGAUAUUUUGAAUCUGACGUUUUUCUUUUUAUAAUCAACGUCCGGUUCUUUUUUUUUGUCAGGGGCUUUUUUUUAUACACUAUUUCAGAAAUGAAGAUCUGGAGCACGGAACAUAUAUUCAGCUAUCCCUGGGAGACAGUGGUCAAAGCGGCGAUGAGAAAGUACCCCAAUCCCAUGAAUCCCAGUGUAGUAGGAGUGGACGUCUUAGACAGGAACUUGGAUAAACAUGGUCGUCUCCACAGCCAUCGACUGCUGAGCACUGAGUGGGGGCUGCCGAGUGUGGUGCGAGCGAUACUGGGGACAAGUCGAACUACUACUUAUAUUAAAGAGCAUUCCAUUGUUGAUUCUAAAGAGAAAAAAAUGGAGCUUUGCUCAACAAACAUAACCCUCACAAAUUUAGUAUCUGUUGAUGAGAGACUAAUUUACAGACCACAUCCUGAAAACCCAGACCUAAAGUGCCGUCUUGCUGUUGUGCCGAGCACCAUCUUAACCCAAGAAGCAAUAAUCACUGUGAAAGGACUCAGUUUGAGCAGCUACCUUGAGGGAUUGAUGGCUCUGACUAUGACUGCUAAUGCAAGAAAGGGAUGGGAUGCAAUUGAGUGGAUAAUUAAGAACACAGAACGGGAGAACAUACCAUUGUGACAUGUGCUGAACUGCAAUAACCUCGACCAUCUCGGUAACGAAAUGGGCGAAAUAGUAAAGUGUGAGAUGGUCAGCACUUGCACUGGAGCCACACCUGACUCAUUCGAGUUUAUACCUCUCUGUGUACUGUACAGUAAGUGUGUGCUUCUUUUACCGAGAGAACAUUUGAAGCACCACGGUGAAAAUCUCCUAAACUGCAUAAACCUGCAUUUUAAAGGUAAUACAUACUAGUUGAAGUCACUGCUGCAUUAUGGAAUAAUAUAUUGAAUAUCAAUAUGCACUUCAAAUGCUCUCACUACCUCCUUUUAAAAACCUUUGGGCAUAUGUUUGGGUUAUUGUUUAAAUUAGAUGUUGUCUCUGUUACAGGAAGCAUGUUUACAGUGUUCUUAGUCCUUAAGUAUUUUUUUCUUUCUUUUUUAAUUAAAAAUAUUUAUUGUUAACUUAAGAAUUC